GAGAGGGGAGUAGGCUGGAGAGAGCAGGAGGGAAAGAUGGUCUGACUGGCCGAGAUGGGGGAGAGGUGUGGUUCUGUAUGCGUGCCUGAUAUUGGUGUAAACCUGUUCCAGAGUGUUCUCUCCCCUAGUAGAACACUUUACAUGUUGGUAAAACUUUGGCAGUACAGUCUUUAAGUUGGCCUUAUUAAAGUCCCCUGCAAUAAUGUGAACACCAUCCGGGUGGACCCGCUGCUGUUCGUUUACGGUGUUCAGCAGGAGAGAGAGCGCUGUGUUCACUUUGGCGUCGGGUGGGAUGUAAACAGCUGUGACGAUCACUACAGUUAGCUCUCUCUUAGAGACAUGUACUCGAGGUCUGGGGAACAGUGUUGGUCUAUGAUUGUCCCGUUGUUACACCAGUUAUCAUGCAUGUAAAAACAGAGACCCCCUCCUCUGCUCUUCCCGGAGUUCACAGUCCUGUCCCAGCGGAGCAAAGUGCGGCCUGCUAGCAUCGGGGAUCCUCGGGUGAAGCCACUUUUCAGUGAUGGCCAAAACACAGCAGUCACGAACAUAGCGAUUUCCAGCAAGUUUUAAUUCCAGGUCGUCCGUUUUAUGCACCAGGGAUCUGGCAUGGCAGAGAAACAGGCUCGGUAGAGGUGGAUUGUGUGGUUGUUUCUUUAGCCGUAGCAUAACACCGGCCCUACAGCCCCGUUUCUGCUUCCUCUCCCUUCUCCGACUGCGCCGCCUCCCAGACCCGAUAACAAUCCACGGAGAGCCCGGCGAUCUCGCUAUGUCUUCUGGGAUGUCUUGCUUGUAGUGAAAGUCUCUGGAGACCGAUAUCUGGUAUUGGACGCCGAUAUCCAAAAGUGUCUAGUGGGUGUACUGAGUAUACACAGAACCGAUAGUGAAAGCACAGACGUCUGUGAAGAACAACUUCUGCCUGAAAAACAGGAGUGUAGCUUCAGGAUGGUGAAGGAGGAUCCAUCAAAGAGGAAGACCAGGCGCCACAGACCCUCUGGUGUCUCCUUUUCCUCUUUGACACAGACCCUGCCCUGUAAAAAGGAAGAGGAAGACUCACUGACGCCCCACAUUAAAGAGGAAGAGGAGGAACACAGCAUCAGUCAGGAGGGAGAGCAUCUUGAAGGACUGGUGGAGUUCCCAGUGAUCGGUGUCCCUGUGAAGAGUGAAGAUGAUGAGGUCAAAGGUGAAAGGGAGGAGAAGAGCAGCAGCUCAACACAACACAUGACAACAGAAGCUGAUGGAGACCACUGUGGAGGAUCACAAGCAGACAAGCUCUUAGCUCCACUAUCAGAUAGUGAGGACACAACGUCACACUCUCCUGACACUGAUGAUGAAGACUCUAAAGAUGAUAAGACAUGUCACACUGACAACACUCACCUCAAAUGUUCUCACUGUGACAAAACCUUUAAAAACCAUAGUCACCUGAAAAGACACAUGAGAACACACACUGGAGAUAAACCUUUUUCUUGUUCAAUCUGUGGCUUAUCCUUUACAAGGAAGGACAAUAUGAAAGAUCACACAAGAGCACACAAAGGAGAAAAACCUUUUCCGUGUUCUUUGUGUGAUUCAAGGUAUGCACGAAGUCGAGAUUUGAAAAAACACCUGAAAAGACACACUGGGGAAAACCUUUUUAAGUGUUCUUUGUGUAAUUCAAGUUUUGUCCAAAGUGAACAUUUGAAUAGACACAUGAGAACACACACAGGAGAAAAACCUUUUACCUGUUCACUCUGCAGUAAAGGUUUUGCACAAAGUCACAAUUUGAAAGUACACAUGAGGUCACACACUGGUGAAAAACCUUUUUCCUGUUCAACCUGUGGUAAAGGUUUUACACACAGUCAGAGUUUGAAAGAACACAUGACAAUACACAGUGGAGAAAAACCUUUUUCCUGUUCAAUUUGUGGUGAAGACUUUGUACGGCGACAGUCUGUAAAAGUACACAUGAGAACGCACACUGGUGAAAAACCUUUUACUUGUUCAAUCUGUGGUAAAAGUUUUACAGAAAGUCGUUGUUUGGAAAGACAUACAAGAUCGCACACUGGUGAAAAAGCUUUUACUUGUUCAAUCUGUGGUAAAGGUUUUACAGAAAGUCAAUAUUUGAAAGUACACAAGAAAACACACUCUGGUGAAAAACCUUUUUGCUGUUCAAUCUGUGGUAAAGGUUUUACAGAAAGUCAGAAUGUAAAAAGACACAUGAGAACACACACUGCCGAAAAAUCACAUUCCUGUUCAAUCUGCAACAAAGGCUUUUGUGAACGAUCAUACCUUGUAGCACACAUGAAAAGACACACAGGAGACAAAGUGUUGAGUUGCAGUGUGUGUGGUGAAAGAUUCUCUUCUAAGGUUCAGAGUAAGAAACACAAGUGUGCUGGUGAGAACAGCAGCAGCAAAUGAAACUGCAGGAUUUGAAAUAAACUUUAAUUUGGACUUUCUAACAUCAGCACAUAUAACAUGUGUGACAUUGUUGUUUGUGUAACAAUCUUGUUAAUAUGCUUCUACAUUUAUAGAUUAGAUAUUUUAUAUUAGUGCUUUUUCCAGUCAAGUACAUGCAUUAAUAUGCAACAUUGUGUACUUUUAUUAAAAAUCAAACAGAACAAUUUGACUGAAAAGGUGAGAGUAAACAGUACAAUACAUAUUUUACAUACAAUAAACAUUUAUGUGUAUAUAUAUUCAUCAUAUAAUUUUAGACUUAUUCAUAAUAGUGUUUUUAUAGGUGUUUGAAAUAUUGAAGUGUGACCAUUUUUAUUUCUGAUUGUUAAUAAUCCCAUAGAUUAGCCCCUUUAUAUGAUAUACAUAUGUACUGGUUCACAUCUGAAACAUCUUCUGGACCACUUCAGGAAGCAUAUUAUUAUUUACUUUAUACAUCAUUUGAACAGUUGUCUUCUUUACAAUUUUAAAAUGUGUGACUUUAUGAAUCAUUUGUUGGAUCUCUAUACCAUUUUAUUAAUUAUCUUUAUUACUCUCUUUUGUAAUAUGAUGAUUGUGUUGUGAUUGUUUUAUAUGUAUGUCCCCAGACUUUUAUGCAAAAUAAAAGUGAGAGAAAAUGUCUGAA